CCUUAUUACUGAAGCCAACACUCGGUUCUAAACUCAACGAACGGACAAACACACAAUCAAAAUAUGAUUGAAUUGUUUCUUGUCGGAGGUUUCCUGGUGACGGCGGCCGCUUACGGAGAGGGAGAAGGUCGCCGCGGCGGUCCACUGGCGGGGACGCUCAGCUCGGUGGGAGCCGGCGGAGAACAAGCUCCUCCCGUGUACAGACCAGGGAGUCAGGCGUACGUGGUAUCUCAGUUCGUGAAGCCUAAGCCCCCUCACCAGUACUGGGAGGAGGAGACCUCACAGUCUCUAGUCCCCGAAAACAGGAACUGUCUCCUGUGUGAGUCUCAGGACUCCGGAGCCUGUCGUGCGAUGCCCUCGUGUGUAUACUGCGAGCCCACUGUCACUGCCCUUUGUGAACGGAGCACACCAUGCUUGCGAUGUACCGUGAUAAAGAAUCCGUUCUUCAAGUGUGUUCCUGGAGAGAAGUACAUGGACGAGUGUGACUCCUGCCGGUGCACAGAUGGUCACGGCGGAUGGUGCACCAACCAGUUCUGCGAGUUCAGAUCGUUACACAUCUACGCUUUGAAACUCUCAGACGGAGAGUUCUACUGAUUCUCUCUUCUUCUAUACUAUAACUUCUUCCUUAUCAUCUGUUCCUUUUGUCUUUGUUUCAAUAGUUUUCGGUCUUUACCGAUAUAUUUUCUUCAUGAACUAUUUACUUUUACUCAUGGUAUUUAUACAAAUUUAAAUUAUUCAUUGAUACAAUUUGUUACUUCACAAAGACUACGUUAGAGAUCCUGAGGCUAUGACUACUUUAAGUAGUAAUUAAUUACUGCUCUUUCUCUUUUUAUACGUCGGUGCUUUACAUCAUCGUACAAAGAGUUGCUUGGAAACAUUUUUAAUGUCUUAAAUUCUUGAAUUCCAAAAAAUAAAUAAUAAUAAUCGCAAAAAA